AUGAAUGCUGAGACUUGCGUCUCUUACUGCGAGUCGCCGGCUGCUGCCAUGGACGCCUACUACAGCCCGGUGUCGCAGAGCCGGGAGGGCUCGUCGCCUUUUAGGGCAUACCCCGGCGGUGAUAAGUUCAGCACAACUUUCCUGUCGGCUGCCGCCAAAGGGCAGGGAUUCGGGGACGCCAAGAGCCGCGCCCGCUACGGCGCGGGGCAGCAGGACCUGGCGGCACCCCUGGAGAGUGGCGCCGGAGCGCGGGGCUCCUUUAACAAGUUCCAGCCCCAGUCGCCGGCACCGCAGCCGCCGCCGCCGCAGCCGCAGCCGCCGCCGCAGCCACCCGCGCAGCAACCGCAUCUCUACUUGCAGCGAGGCGCCUGCAAGACGCCCCCGGACGGCAGCCUCAAACUCCAGGAAGGCGGCGGCGGCCACAACGCGGCCUUGCAGGUACCCUGCUACGCCAAAGAGAGCUCCCUGGGUGAGCCAGAGUUGCCGCCCGACUCUGACACCGUGGGGAUGGACAGCAGCUACCUCAGCGUGAAGGAGGCUGGGGUGAAGGGGCCCCAGGACCGGGCCAGCGCCGACCUCCCCAGCCCACUGGAGAAGGCGGACUCCGAGAGCAACAAGGGCAAGAAGCGGCGGAACCGAACGACCUUCACCAGCUACCAGCUGGAGGAGCUGGAGAAAGUCUUCCAGAAGACCCACUACCCCGACGUGUACGCGCGGGAGCAGCUGGCCAUGAGGACCGACCUCACCGAGGCCCGCGUGCAGGUCUGGUUCCAGAACCGGAGGGCCAAGUGGAGGAAGAGGGAGCGUUUUGGGCAGAUGCAGCAGGUUCGAACCCACUUCUCCACGGCCUACGAGCUGCCCCUCCUCACCCGAGCGGAGAACUAUGCCCAGAUUCAGAACCCGUCCUGGAUCAGCAACAACGGGGCUGCCUCACCAGUGCCAGCGUGCGUGGUCCCCUGUGACCCUGUGCCCGCCUGCAUGUCCCCUCACGCUCACCCCCCCGGCUCUGGGGCCAGCGGCGUCACCGACUUCCUGGGUGUCUCUGGGGCUGGCAGCCACGUGGGCCAGACGCACAUGGGCAGCCUGUUUGGAGCCGCGGGCCUCAACCCGGGCCUCAACGGCUACGAGCUCAACGGUGAGCCAGACCGCAAGACGUCGAGCAUCGCGGCCCUCCGCAUGAAGGCCAAGGAGCACAGCGCGGCCAUCUCCUGGGCCACAUGA